CUUAAAUUCAUGUUGGUAUUAUCUCACCAUAUACUAUAUAUAGUGUAUAUAUAUGUUUUUAAUUGUAAAUAAAACAGCAACAAAAUAAAAUUUCGAGAAUUUAACCCUGUUGCGAUCGGUAUUAUAAAAAUAUUUAUGCACUACAACCGGCAUCACUUGAAAUUUUUGCUUAUAUUUUUUGCGAAUGUCAACAGAGCACAACCCUUUUAAUUAGUUUUGUUUUCUUGUUAUCUUUCGUGCAAGGAACAGCUGUUUUGCACAUUACUCAUACAUCAGCGUACGGUUUGCAUCGAAAAUUAUUUUUCGUGAAAAUAUUUAGAAAUUCAAUUGAAAAGUAUAUAAAAAUUAAUAGUUGUAAAAAUGUCUGACGAUCUUCCAGACAAAUUCGAUCUGAUCGUUAUUGGUACUGGAUUUCCGGAAAGUUGUGUAGCAGCUGCUGCAAGUCGUAUAGGCAAGACUGUGCUACAUAUCGAUCCUAAUGAAUAUUAUGGAGGUGUUUGGGCGUCUUUUAACUUGGAAUCAUUCUGUGCUCUUUUGGAACAAGGCAGCAACAGUGAACUACGCAAUGCUACUCAGAAAUGGCACGUGGCUGAGACACUUAAACUGGACCAAGCGGAAUCGGAUACUGUCAAUUCUGAUAUUUUAGCAGGCGAGAUCAACACAAAAACUGAUGCUAAUACCAAGCAAAGUGUGCUAGACUGGUCGCGUGAAACAUUGCUACAGCAAUCACGUCGCUUCAAUUUAGAUUUAAGUCCAAAGAUACUCUAUUCUGCCGGACAUUUGGUGCAAUUACUUAUAUCUUCGAAUAUUUGUCGCUACGCAGAGUUUCGUGCAGUGGACCGUGUGUGCACGCGAUUUCAAAAUAAUAUAAUCAAUGUGCCUUGCUCACGCAGCGAUGUCUUCAACACUAAAGAUUUGAACAUCGUGGAAAAACGACUACUCAUGAAAUUCCUAACGCUCUGCAUGACAUAUGGUGAAGACAAAACCGACGAAGAUGCCUUACAAUUUCGUGGCAAGACAUUCCGCGAAUAUUUGCAAGAGCAGAAAGUGACCGAAAAGAUUAGUAUUUGUGUAAUGCAAGCGAUUGCAAUGUGCAACGAAGAAACUACCUUCGAAGAGGGUAUGGCGCGCACGCAACAGUUUCUCAAUAGCCUCGGACGUUACGGCAAUACACCGUUUCUAUUUCCCAUGUAUGGUUGUGGCGAAAUACCACAAUGUUUUUGUCGCCUCUGCGCCGUAUUUGGUGGUAUUUACUGUUUAAAGCGGCACAUCGACGAUAUAAACAUCGAAGCGGAUACCAAUAUAGCGAGCGUUAUACUAGCGGGCAAAACCAUAAAAGCGCAACAUGUAGUUAGUGCACCAGGACAUUUGCCUAAUGCGUUCCUACAACGAAAUCUGGGUGUAUACGGACAAGGUGAAUUAGUAAAUUCACUUUCGCGAGGCAUUUUCUUGACUGCUACACCAUUGGGCGCUGAAGAGUUGAAUUCCGGUGGAGGCGGCGUAAAUGUACUUAGACUUUUGGCCGGCUCGCAUGAAGCUAUACUUAUACAGCUAUCGCAUUUUUCUGGCACCUGUCCCAAAGGAGUUUUUCUCUUUCAUAUCACAACAACUGCGCAAAGCGAUCAACCUGAGCAAGAUCUGGCGCCAUUUGUUUCACAAGUAUUCAAUAUCACAGCCGAAAAUGCGCCAAAGUUAUUGUACUCGGCUUACUUCACAAUUAUGGGACGCCAACGUACUGCCGCUACUCCAUAUGUAGAUGCAGCCACGCCGAUAUUUUGCACCAGCACACCCUACUAUGAAUUAGACUAUGAUAAAUCUAUAACCAGUGCGCGUGAGAUCUUCGCUAAAUUGUACGCAGAUGCGGAAUUCCUGCCACGUGCACCCGAUCCAGAAGAGAUUGUGAUUGAGGGCGAAGAUCCACGCGCGUUGAGUGAAAACAGCUUGCCAGAUGAUUUGCGUGAACAGUUGCGUGAGUUGGAAAAUUCAGCUGAGCAUAUGGAUAUUGAAGAUACAGAUGUUACGCUGCCUGGUGAGAGCACACAAGAGAACGCGGAAACGCAAAAUAUGGAUGCAGAUUAAAAAAAAAGCAAAGGACGCGAACGCAAAAAGUGAAAAUGAAUGCUUUUGAAAUAUUCGACGAAUACGACAAACUAUCUAAACUAUAUAAUCGCAUAUUUAAGUAAUAUUAUAUUUACUAUGUAUGGCAUAUACAUACAUUCAUGCAGAAAUGUAUACUUAUUUGCUUUGUAUAAUAUUUUUUUUUUUUACAAAAUUGCACAUUUGCACAUAAAACUAAAAUUAUGCACCACAACGAA